CAUCCCCGUAAGAGAAUCCCAGUUAAAAAGAGAAAAGAGAGAAAAAACAAACAACAACGACAACAACCCGAAAGAAGGACGGAAAGAACGGAUCCCGGGCGCAGAUUUAGUUCGUUCGCCUUCGAACAUCAUUUUAUCUGGUCUAAAUUUCCAUCAUGGCGAAUGCCAUCGGCUCAGCAUGGCGGUCCUUCUGGCAUACAAUGACUUCUUAUGAUCGCCAUGCAUCCCACGACUCCCCAUAUCGCACGGGUCAACAUGUGCCUCUUAGCCAAAGCCGACACGAGCCUCUCACAUCCAUUGCAACAAGCGCCAUUGAAUCUCGACCAGAUCUGACUACCCCGUACGAGGAUGACCAACCCAAAGGCUCGACAAGCUCGAAUGGCUGGAUCGGCUCUCCUACCGGCGCCGGCUCACCCAACCGCCCUUACUCCCCGGGUAUGCGAUCGCUAUCAUCUCAGAAGCGGCAAUCCACCGACCCUGGAGCAGAAGGUACCGCCGAAAUCCAGAUGCAAAGUUUCCAUGAUGGCGCCCCCCCGCCUCCGCCGAUAGCUCAUUCGUGGAGGAAAAUUGAGAGAUGGUUGGAAAGUAAUUAUGAAGAGCUUCAUGACAAUCUGUGCGAGGGUUGUACUCAGAAUGAUAUCAAUGAACUGGAGCAUGAGUUAGACUGCAGCCUGCCGCUAGAAUUGCGGGAGUCCUUGAUGAUCCAUGAUGGCCAGGAGCGCCCAGGAUUACCCACCGGGGUCAUCUUUGGUUGCAUGCUCCUGGACUGCGAAGAGAUUGUUCAGGAGUGGAGAAAUUGGCGGACAGUCAACGAGGAAUUCCUCACCUCAUCUAUGAUGGAUCCUUCCUUCCCGAAGGGAUCAACCAGCUCUUCAUCUGCCGCGCCGCCUGCCCAGGGUACCAAUCCCAUGUGGAGACAAGAUUUGCUCGAGCGACAGGACUCGCAGCCUCCUGGUGCUGUUCAGAAGGCGUAUGCCCACCCUGCUUGGAUCCCUAUGGCACGCGACUGGGGCGGGAACCACAUCGCCAUUGACUUGGCUCCAGGGCCUGCCGGGAAAUGGGGCCAAGUGAUCAUUUUUGGCCGGGAUUACGAUUGCAAAUACGUCAUUGCUCGGUCUUGGGCUGCCUUUCUCGCCGUGUUAGCCGAUGAUAUCUGCAGCGGCAAAGUCUCCGUGGAUGAAGAGACGAGUGAACUCAAACUUUUGGAGUUCAAGUCGCAAAACGUCGAACCUCCCUACCUGGAGAUCCUGAGGUGGAGAACCGAUCAAAAGUAUGGCAGGAGAGCGCCUAGACGCAAGGGUCCGAGUGGCCUCGGUUUAAGCACCGGAAGUAAGUCUGGCAAGGAGUCACCCUAUGGCAGUCCUACAACCAGUGAAGAGCGGGGAAGAUCGCCGCACCGCUUUCCAAAUCGCGGGUCUACUCAGAGUCCCAAGACUCAGUUUGGCAUUUCAAGUCCUCUGGCUCGCGUCACGGAAGAGGCGCCGAGUCCCGUGCACACAGUUGUAGAGGCGACCGAACUACCCGAGCAGGUUUCUGAAGAACACGAGGAGGCGCCUCAGUCUGAAGACCUGAUGGAGGUAGCAACUCCCCGGAUUUCCGGGCAAGAGAACGAUGGAAUUUCCAAGAACGAGGAAGAUCCGCAGGCGACGGAAACGGACAGAAAGCGUGAAUCGAAUCAAAUGUCUUCGCCCGCCGGCUUGGACACUGAGGUCCUGGGCGAAAUGAAAAAUGUUGCGAUCUAGACCUCGUUCUGAGCUUCAACAUUUUCCCUGUUCCCCAUUUCCUUCUCUUCAUUUCGUCA